AUGUUAUCUCCUAGCAACUCUCCCCUUCCCCUAGCUGUACUGGCAUUGAUCUCUUACAAGCUCAUAACUUUGAUCUCCAUUGCUUUCAAUCCCUCACUGGUAUGUUAUCUACCUAGGAACCUGGUCAGACUGAUCGGCUUUUGCUGCGAAGGCGACAAGAGGCUGCUUUUGUACGAGCACGUGGUGAACGGCUCCCUCGACGCGCAUCUGUUCCAGCAUAGCAACGCCGUCGCCGUCGCCACUGCGCUGGAUUGGAGCAAGAGGUACAGGAUCACCGUCGGGGUCGCAAGAGGACUGUGCUACCUACACCAGAGCUACCGCGAGUGCAUCAUCCACUGCGACAUCAAGCCGGAGAACAUCCUCCUCGAUGCGUCCUUCGCGCCCAAGAUCGCGGACUUCGGGAUGGCGGCGUUCGUCGGCCGAGACUUCAGCCGGGUCCUGACCACGUUCCGGGGGACAGCAGGGUACCUCGCCCCGGAGUGGCUGAGCGGGGUCCCCAUCACGCCCAAGGUGGACGUCUACAGCUUUGGCAUGGUGGUCCUGGAGAUCGUGUCCGGGCAGAGGAACACGCCGCCGCAGGCUCUCAGCAGGGAGACCUCAGCCUGGAGGAGGCGGAGAGGCUGUGCAAAGUCGCGUUCUGGUGCAUCCAAGACGACGAGUGCGACCGGCCGACCAUGGCUGACGUUGUCCGCGUUCUUGAGGGCCUCCAGGAGCUCGAUAUGCCCCCAGUGCCAAUACUACUUGCAGCUAUUACAGCACGCGCCAAUGCGGAUUUCGUGUGAUAGAUAGUUCAUAGCUAGACUAGAUAAUUCCAUCUCCGUCGUGACGACGCGAGGCCUCAUGAUGAUUGAGCUCGAGCAUGGCUGGCAUGGCAGCACUUCCUGCUUGACUGCGUCUGCGUGGUCAGAUUAAGCCUUUGUCUAUGGUAAGACGAUCUGAAAAUCUGAGUGGUUCUAUGGCGUU